CGCCUUUGUUUACAGAUCAUCCACGGCGCGUUCGUUCGCUGUCUCCCGGGCCGACCGAUGAACUACCUCCUCGCCCGCUCAUUGUGCGAUCACAGAUACAUACGACCACACGACAGGCACUUUGUCUUGCGAAGGAAUCGCAAACGGACGCAAAUAUGUCCUCCGAAGCCACCUCUUCGCGCCGUCAGUCUCUACGACAUUGAUUCCGAACGACAGUUGCUGGAUCAUGUCGUUCUGGGCAGCAGUGCUUCGUUCCCAUUCAGGCUGAUCACUCUGAAGCCACCUAAUAAUGCACUCAAAGGUUCGGACGAGUUUCCGUUCGAGUCCGAUCCGUAUGAUGUAUCCGUGGAAUCGGCUCUCAACUCGACCGACGAAAUCGCCGUCGACCUAUUCGAUGCUGGAGGCGUAUUCCUUUGGGAGCUUACCAAAGACAGAAGUAGAAUCGACCCAAAGGUAGCACCUCGGCAAUACUAUCCCGAGAUAAGCGAACUGACCGGGAUGUUGAUAUUGAGUGCCUGGUCUGCAUGGUCCUUGAUGGAUUGCACGCUCUUGCAGGUUCUCUUUCGCUGUGAGCUGACCCAGCCGGCGUAUGGCUACGAUGAAAACUCUCAAAGCGGCGGACAAUGCCAUGCUUCUGGAGCAGACACUAGCAAAUACGAUCGUGAGCUCUUGGAGUUCAGAGUUGGUCUGGAACCGUGCGAGCGCGUUGUUAUAUGUGCCGGUGCCGGGGAAUUCGAGUGCGACAAAUCUGAAGUGUGCUAUGAUCUCUUUGACAAUCUGCGACUUGUGGCCGUUUCGAUGAACUCAAGAGUCGUAAUCUACAAGACAGCGACUACGCGCGAUCGAGGCCUGAGCUCAAGAAGCACCGAGUCUGGUCGCUCGAAUAAGUAUUGGCACCCUGCUCCCGGGCUGGAAGUGCAAUACAGCUCAGUGGCUGAUCCCCAAAUCUCAAUCGUUGAGCUCGACUACUUUGUGAUGGAUUCUUACUCACGGUGCUUCAACUUCCAAAACAACGACCUGGCGGCGGCUAAAGCUGUCAAGUUUGAAGAGUUUGCAACUUCCCGUCUGUGUGCGACGAACACCGGCUACUCUGUGAUUUUCGGUGCCCUCGACACCAAAAGCUGUCUUUUUGUGGCGUGCUCGUUGCUCUUAAACUUGUCCACUCAAACGAUUUCGGUUCAAAAACUCUACAGAUCAAACGUCUCGAAAUAUAAAACCGGACUAGCAUUCAAGUUCAACGUGCACUAUCUCCUCGCACUGGCAUUGAGCAGUGACAAAUUCGGAGGCGCCGAAGAGAUAUCUACGGGCAGCGGUCGCGUGCGCUGUAAUAUGAAACUUCUGGAGACGUAUAAGAGGAGUGCUGGCACUCUCCAGCGAAUCGAGUUACAUGAACUAGACCUUGUCUUACAGAAUUAGGGAUCAGGAAAACGGGGUCGGCGUUAUAUUUUUCAUUUUGCUCAUUGUCUGUUUUGCUGUUCAUUUUUAUCAAAAGUUGUCGGUCAUUACCAUUUGCAUUGUACGGCGAAUAUCUUUACACCCAUUUAGUAUGAGGCGCCGUGAGUUCUAGUACUCUGGCUUUU